AUGCAAUGUUUUGCCGCCGCCAUAAGCGGUUCCACCGCUUUUUGCAGCAGUCUGGUGACUCUGCUUGGAGGCUCCUUGCAAGUCUUGACAUUGGGCGUAGCUCUGUUCCUGGUUCGACUCCCUUGGGCAACUGCCGAUCUCCCUCCCCACUGCCUUGCCAAGCACGUAGUGGGCAAGUGGGAAGUUCACGAGGGCCUGUGGCAGCCCUGCCAACACACCGAGGGAGAAUUUAAGGAACUCCACGACCCAACUUGUGGACACGUCACUCCAGACGAACUCGGCACGCAUGAGGAGAAAAACAACAGGGCCUGGUCCCUAGAACACCCUUGUCCCCUCGCGAAUAUUUGUGUUUUUGGGAGUUCUGAUGACUGGUUGUAUCCACAUGUACUUGGGGAAAACAAAGUGUAUCAGCGCCAUAUACAUCAGGAGAAAGAAUACACUCUGACUCCGCCAAACAUCUCCUCGACCUUUAGGGAGUCUCGAGUUUCUGUUUUAACGCUGCGAGCUGAUUUUACUGCGGAGUUCGAUGACGGCUCCUCCGGGUACUGGACGAUGGUUUACGACGAGGGGCUACACGUGGAGGUAACUGCGCCGAAGAGAAUACGUCUCUUUUCUUUUUUCAAGUAUCAAUUUGGCCCUAAGGGAUCGAAUACCGCGUUGAGCUUUUGUCACACCCUCAUGGUCGGGUGGGUUGAGCAUGUACCUUACCAGGAAGCACCAGAGACCCUUAUGGGCAAUUUCCCUCCAACCUAUGGUACGACUGAGAGCAAGGCGCUAGCCACGCCUGAUUGCCUGUUGCGUGCCACCAAACAUACCGUUUCAGAGUUUCCUUCCGUGGCGGAUAUUGCGUCGCUUUUAUCACCGCUUGAAAGCCUUGAUAGCGACGAAUCUCGCAAAAGCUCUGGAAUCCCACGACGGACCUGCUGGUGGGCGACAAAGAUUGGAGAGGAUCUCUCUCGCCCCACAAAUAUUGUGCCAGCCGUGAGAAAGAGCCCAAUCGAGCUGCCGAAUUUGCCCCACAGAAAAGAUCCUGAGAUUUCUCGAGUCACUGUUCGUUCGCGGAUACACUCCAUCUUGCAUGGUGCGUUCACCACAAUCCUUUGCUCUUUUGCUCCAUCGCCGUUCGCCCUCCCCACCUACGCCGAAGAAUUGCUGUCGAGACGCGGUCUCCGUGUCGCUGCAGGUAAGAAGUCUUGGGAGCCAACCGAUGAGGACUACGUGGUGCUAAACGGCAAGCAGCUACGAACGCUCGACGAGCUCAACGAGGAACCAGGAGCCCCCCGUCUAAAGCCAUUAAUCGAACCUUCCGCCUACCUGGCUGUGCUUAGUGCCUUUUCACGCCCCUCAGUACCUGUGGGACCUCCAGGGUCGUCCGCAGACGAACCCAUUUGGAAAGGCAUCAUGGAAUUCGACUGGACAAACCCUGACCAUGUAUUCAUGCGACUCGGCCGUAGACAGAACGUGGUACCGGAUGCUCCCAAUCAAGGCGAUUGCGGCUCCUGUUACGCAAUCACCACCAGCACCAUCUUGACAUCCAGGCUAUGGAUUCGGUACUCAAAUAACGAUGAUAUUUUUGGCAAAGUUCAUGUUAGCGCCUUGCAGGGCACUGCUUGCAAUGUGUACAAUCAGGGGUGCGCCGGAGGCUAUGUAUACUUAGCCCUUAAAUUUGGCCAUGAACAUGCAUUUAGAACUAAGGAAUGUGUUGAUUAUUACGAGAAGUCUAUGAAUCAGCACUUUCCCCCAAAGUUUCAGCAGUGCCACGACCUUGGAGGCCAGUUGGGGACCGCAGUGUACAAUUGUGCAGCGCCUCCUCCACGAAACCGUCUGCCCGAUGCAUGUUCCAUCGAAGUCAGGGUUUCUAAUUGGCAUUACGUCGGCGGUACUUUUGGGUCUUGCUCUGCCGAGGAAAUGCAAAGAGAACUCUGGGAGAGGGGGCCUCUUGCGGUGUCGAUUGAACCCUCAGCUGACUUCACAUCGUACAGCCAAGGUGUUUUCCAGUCGCCGUACGAUUCAAUUGUACAAGAAGGAGAGAACUGGAGCUGGGAGAAGGUGGAUCACGCAGUGGUCAUCGUUGGGUGGGGUUGGGCGAAAGAAGGCGAUGCGUGGCUCCCUUACUGGAAGAUCCGAAACUCAUGGGGGCCCACAUGGGGAGAGGGUGGGUACGCCCGAGUCGUUAGAGGGAUUAAUGAAAUGGCGAUCGAGAGAGUUGCAGUUUCCGCAGAUGUCCUACUCUACAAGAACGGCCAGGCCGUCUUCCCGCAGCCCAGUUCCACCGCAAUGCAAGUGAGUGCCUCUUCGACAGCUUCCGACGAAGAGGCGGAAGAAGAGCACCAAAUGCUCAAGGAAGCCGUACAAGGGCAGCAGCUUACCAAGUCUUUCAGGCAGGACGCAGAAGGCCCAUCCUUGUUAUACAAGGCCGUAGCAAAGGCUCUGCAUGUCCCUGGACCGCUGAAUCUUUCAGAGAAUGCAAAAAGCCCUACCGGUGACAAAAGCCUCCGUCCUAUUCAAAAGCAUGAAUCGGGAACAGGGCCCGAAUGUGAAGGCUCUAUGCUCCAUUACAGCGACUGUGCUCCUCAUGCCAGUCACGCGUCAUACCAAGAAUGGAGCGCAACAGACGGAAAGAACAUCUGGGCCGCCCGAACGAUCCUAUACGCCGGCCCUGGCAAUGCAACACUACCUAUAUAUGAGGCAGCGGUGGGCCACAUUGUUGCUCCACCCCAGACACAAAACUACCCAGGGAAGAAUUGUUUUUCGCGGGCGUCGUUCGAAAGACCUUUAUAUCGUAACUUCCGGCUCGCUUGUUGUUUAAAGCUUGAAAUUGGUGAGUGUAAUGAGCACAGUGCCUCUAAAGUUCCUAGUGUAUACGAAUAUAACAAUGGGAUUGUAAAAUACAACACCGAGAAGAAUCUAGUCCUGUCAUGGCCCAAACAAGGAAAGGGGCCUAACGGUCAGGGGGCCCCCUAG